GAGCCAAAAGUUAAUUUGUUGAUCAAUAAUGCUGGCAUCAUGUACGUACCUCCAAGGCCGUCCGUCGACGGGUUCGAACCUCAUCUUGCCGCUAAUUUCUUAGGUCACUUCCUUCUCACCUCACUGCUACUCGACAAAUUGAAGGCCUCGGCGCCCAGUCGAAUUAUCAACGUUGCGGAUAUGACGUACAAGCGGGGUCACGUGAAUUUUGAAGAUCUGAACGGUUUGACGGAUUACAAUAAAAAGGCUGCCUAUGAUCGAAGCAAGUUGGCGAGCGUGGCGUUCACCAAAGAGCUGGCGAAAAGAACAUCAGGUUCUUCUGUUACCGUUAACGACAUUUUCCCGGGCUACACGGAAACCGACAUAGGGCGACAGAUGAAAAGCAAGGCCAUUCGAAUCAUGACCAAGCCGAUCAAAUGGUUUGUUCUUCAGAAGCCGGAAAAGGCAGCCAACACGCUGAUGUAUGUUGCGACGUCCCCUGAAUUAGAUACUGUUAGUGGGAAGUUUCUGCGUUACGACAGGGCCAGCAAAAAGUGCAUGUAA